AUGGUGUCGCGCCGAAAACAUGUCAAACGUAUGCCCGCCUGUAGCAUCGCCCGCAAGCACACAUUCCAAGGGCAGUUGAAAUUGUUUGAGAUCAACGAGUCUGGUUCCACGCAGCCCUUUUGGGGCUACUUGGAUCGGCGAGGCAGCGUUCUGCGGUAUCUGCCCGACUUUGCAUCAAGGAAUGCGGAGGACUGGUUGCGGAGGCUUCGCUCAUUGCCGUACACGCAGGGACGGGUGAAAGUGUUCGGCAAGGACUAUGCCGAGCCCAGGCUGACCUGCUACUUCGGAGACAAGGCUUACACCUACUCGGGGAGGACCAUCGAGCCAUUGCCUUGGUCACGUGCCCCAGUUCUCCAGGACAUUCGGAAAGAAGUGGAAAGCAUCACAGGCGAAUCUUUCAAUUCGGUGCUUUGCAACAGAUACAGGAAUGGAGAUGACACCGUGGGAUGGCAUGCAGACAAUGAGCCAAUCUACGGGCCGCAGCCGACCAUCGCAUCAGUCACCUUCGGUGCGGAGAGGGACUUCGACCUAAAAGAGUGCAGAAAAGGAUCUUGUCGAAGUGCGGGCAGGAUUCGGAUUCGGCUUGCACAUGGCAGCCUUCUAGUAAUGUCCGGAGCUACACAAGAAUGCUGGCAGCACUCACUGCCGAGGAGGAAAGGCGUACAGGACGAGCGGAUGGACUUGACUUUUCGCAAAGUCAUUGAGUCCACAAAAGGGGUGAUCACAAGCAUCAAGCAUUACGUCAUUUCAUGCGCAUGCCGCCCGGCCUCUGCUUUGGCCCUCUUUUUUUUCAGAGCGGGGUCGGCCUCUCCCGAUCUUGCAUCCAUGGCCUGGUGCCGAAAUGCAGCCGUGUGGACAGCACUUUUAGUCUUCGGUGCACUGUCCGGGUCCGAUGCGCUGAAGUUGGGCAUCAACUGGGAGACGGGCUUCGAAUCCUCCGGGCUCCAGUGGAAGAGUCCGCUGCCGGGGGAAACAGAGCGGUACUUGAUUGCAAGCUUUCCCAAGGAUUUCAAGAUCAGUUAUGCCAGGCUUCCGGAUCCCACCUGGCGGCCUCUGAUCGUCCACAACUUGUCAAACCCAGCCGCCUUGGCUGUGGAUGAGCAGAACAUGAGGCUGUUCGUAGCAGACCCUACAGCCAGCAAAGUCUUCUGGUACAAGUUGAAGGUGCUGCCCAGCAAAUUCCUCGUCACAGAGGGCCUUCAGCACGUCGCCGCAGAAAACAUGAUCGCCAAAGGCAUGGCCGUGAGCCAGGCAGGGGACCUGUUCAUUUCUGGCCGUGUGGUCGCCAGCCCGCCUCUCACCGGACAUAGCGCUAUCUACAAGCAGGCAGCCGAUGGUUUCGAAGCGGCCUCUCCACUGAAGCGGCUCUGGACAGCCGGUGAUGGAUCGUGGAUCCCGGUGCUCAACACGGACGGAGCACCCGCGACGUCCGAGCCUAUGAGUCCGUCAACGCCUGAGAUCUAUCAGCCUGGGCCAGUGGCUGUGGACAUGUUUACCCUUUAUUGGGGCAACGCCAUCAAAGGCAAUGCUAGUGCCUUGGUGCGUGGUCCGCAGACUGUUCCAGCUCCGCUUCCUGGAGGGGCGGCUGCUCCCAAGUCCAAGGCUGGCGCACAUGCUCUAGCCAACAACUUGCAGGCUGUCACAGGUCUGGCUAUUACGUCUUCCGGCAUUUUCUAUGCCGGCCGUCCGGUGCAGGGCCGGCCAGGCAUCUUUGCGUUGAGGAGUGAGGACAGCCUCAAUGGCUGUGCCGCUGAUGACCACUGUGUCCACCGUGUUGCCCAGGUGUCUAACCCGGUCGACAUGUGCUGGGAUGGUGAUGCCACGCUAUUUAUAGCUGAUUCCGGAAGUGGUGCCGUCUUGUCAGUUCCUUCCAGCACAGCGAGCCGGCAUGCAGUCGUGAAAGUUGCCGAAGCGCUCGGAGUCCAUGCCAUCACGAUGCUCACGGUGCCCAGCAUGGCGACAAAGGUUACCGGCCUUGGUGUUGCCCUGGUUACGGCUGUGGCCAGCCUACUGUCCUCCGUCUAG